AUGCCAAGUCCGGAGAGCUCUUUGACUAUACUGUUGAAAAAGACAUAUUACAAGAGGACGAGAUACUUGAACCUUGAGAGGUGCAAUAUUAAGAUUGCUGAGUUUGGGGCUCGCUGUGGAAGCCCCAACUACACUGCUCCCGAGAAAGAGAGGGAGACUAGAGACUAUGAUGUUUCAACAAGAGUAUCCAUAGGGCUUCUCACUCAUGGAAACAUUAUCAUGCUACAAAGUCUUAGCAGAGCAACAACCUAUCUCAACGGAUAA